AUGGGCCACUACAAUUCAGCAACUCCCAAGCGGCAUUAUGCCUACAGCAAUAGCAAAGUCAUCAAAAAAAUCGACAAGGGUAAACUUCAGGGUUGGAGAGGCAAAACAAAGGUUGCCACAGCAGAGCACUAUGUGGAUGGUACUGGCCGUAAGAGGUAUAAAGGGACCUCCAAUCUUCGCGGAACUGAGGUCUACCCGCGGCCUUUUGCAAGAUUGUUCUGCGACUUGCUGGAGGAUAUGAAGAAGCACUGCCUUGGAAAGCCGGAGCUACCAGCAGAGACCCCAUCGGCAUUGGAAACAUUUGGGAAGCUGGAACCAGUUGAUGCUGAGAAAGUUGAGAAUGGUACUAUGGGUCUGACACCCGUGGCAACACCUUCCCGAAGUGAGAUCAAUCCUCCAGUAGUUCAUGGGUCUCAGCCAGCCGAGGAGGUUCCAGAGACCCUAGUUGAACCAGCCGAGAAGGUUCCAGAGACCAGCCCAGAGCAGAGUGUCAACGCUGCCCAGGAUGCGAAACUUCGAAGUGCAGCCAAAGCACGUUUGAUUCGCUGGGUGAAACCUAAGAGCAAGCGCUUGGACAGGGUGGCCCCUGAAAUAGUACAGCAGGAAUGGGCCAAAGGCAAUAAGGCCUCCCUCGCAGACCUCUUCUGUCGGGUGAAUUUCAAUGAGGAGAGCUUUACCAACCAGUUGAAGAUAAUCGUGUCCCGAAAACAGCUUAUCGAAUUGACCAUCGACGAGGGAUGGCAUUCAGAAAGCGAACUCAAGCAAGACCUCAAGUGGACAAAGAUCGACGGCGCCAAGAAGCGGUGCAGGGCCCUCGGAGAGAGUCACUGCAGGUUCAACCGAUAUGACGGCCAAGAAGAGUUCUGGGUGAUUGUGAAGGAGUCUGGCCGGCGCCAAGAGUCGAGUUCUUUUGAGGAGCAGCAUGAGAAGACAGGGAAGGCUGAUGGUGAGCCCACUUUCCAGUUCGGGGGCAUGUUCCAGGGCACCGAUGCCAUGGAGAAAAGGCAGAAUGCAGAGAAGAAACUGACCCACGACGGUGAUGGGAACAACGUGGAAUCCAAGUAUGUCCAGGCUCCAUUGGAUAUAUACUUUUCCCGCUAG